AUGGAAGGCAGCGAUGCACUGACGAACUCGGAGCAGAAUUGUCGCGGUAUGGGAGGAAACUGGCUCAAGACAUGGGAGUCUGAAAAGGAUGGAUGGAACUGGAUCCAGUCUUCCUUAGGACCCAAGCUGCUGGAGGAGAUUGGCAUCACCGCAAGAGUCUUGUCCUUUGGGUACGACUCCAACAUCUUCGCUACCAUGUCCGUUAGCGAUAUCCAGCAGGUGGCGGAGGUACUCAUCGAGGGGAUAUACAACGCGCUUCGGAAGAUGGACAACAUGUUUCCCGCAGUGAUGCUCAUAGCUCACAGUUUAGGGGGUCUUGUUGUAAAGAAGGUGAGUCUUGGGCAGCGCGACUCUGAGAAGCCAUCUUCUGAUUCUUAUCCAUCAUCUUAA